GGAAAAGAUAAUGACAACGCCAAGAAAACUGGCAAAAAGGGAGGCUCGAAGAGAGGAAAAGGCAGAAAAAGCCGCCUUGUUGGAUAAGAGCAUCGAAAAAGAAUUGCUAGAACGCCUUAAGAAAGGAGUUUAUGGUGACAUAUACAAUUAUCCUGCCGAUAAAUACAAUCAACUACUAGAUAUGGAUGAACUGCAGGUUGCGGGUGAAGAAGAGGAAGAGGAACCUGAGGUCGAAUAUGUUGAGGGCUAUGAUGACCUUGAAGAGGAAGAUGAUAUAGAAGAUUUUGGUGACCUUGGAAUCAAUGGCUCCCUUGCAUUUGAUGAUGAUAAUGUUGGAUUGGAUGACGAUGAUGCUGAGGGGACAGAAAAAGUUGAUCACAAGAGAGGGAGAAAAGAAUCUGAUCUGGCUUCAAGAAAGCUUGAGAAAGAUGAAUCUGGUGCUAAAUUGAAGAAAAAAGGAAGGGUACUUGUAGAGGUUGAGCAUGAAGAUGCUUCUGAAAGACACAAAGCAGUCCAUUGAUUGCUAAAGGAUGGUUUUAUGAAACAAAUACCUGUAUUCAUCAGGUUGAGUGUAGAUUAUCAUGAAAAGUGUACUUGGCAGAGAGGAAGUUGCUCGAAGCCAUGCGAAAUUUUGAAUACCUAUAGACGUGUAUGACUCAUCCAACACUCUCUUCCUCCUUCGUCUUCUCUCCUCCUUUUUCUUUCUUGGAAGAUGUUAUGUUGAAUCAGUUCUGAUAAAAUUGUUUGUGGACUUUUCAUUUAUAACUGAGGUUAUUUGUUUUUAUUUUUCA